AUGGCGGGAGAUCUCGAUCUCGCGUCGAGCGCCUUCAGCCACAAUUUCUUUGCAUCCAACCAUCUCGGUGCUGCCAGGGACGCCUUUCAUCGACGCAUAAUGGAAUCUGUCGUACUUGAAACAAGCAUGGGCGAUAUACAACUUGAACUUUACUGGGACCAUGCUCCCAAAACAUGCAAGAACUUUUCUGAGCUCGCAAAGCGUGGAUAUUACAACGGGGUUAUAUUUCAUCGCAUUAUCGCUGACUUCAUGGUGCAAGGUGGAGAUCCGACGGGCACAGGUAGAGGAGGAACGAGCAUUUAUGGGCAGAAAUUUCAGGACGAGAUCCACCCAGAGCUGCGAUUCACCGGCGCAGGAAUCCUAGCGAUGGCAAACUCGGGCCCAAAUACAAAUGGUUCGCAAUUCUUCCUUACACUAGCACCAACGCCAUAUUUGGACAACAAGCACACCAUCUUUGGGCGAGUCAGCUCCGGGAUGCGUGUUCUCCAGCGGCUUGGUUCGGUUGCUACUGAUGCUCAGGACAGACCCCGGGAAGACGUGAAGAUUCACAAGGCUCGUGUUGUGUAA